AUGGCGCGGCAGGAUGAUGGCACGGCUCCAUCCAUGCGGCUCACAGACCCGCUGAGGGUUGUGGAGCUCAGCAACAACUUUGUGCAGCUGCUCGGCAUCGACCGCCGCGCCGCAGAGGCUCUCGAACCUGUUUUUGCCGCGCACUGUGAACAAAUGCUGCCUCUUGGCGGCGUAAGCAGCAACAACAACAACAACAACAACACGGGCGCCAACAGAAGCAGUGGUUGCCUCGAGCCUCUCUCCACACGAUUUGCCCCACGGUCGGUGGUGCUGACGCGGCAAGGGUCCCUGUUUGUGCUGAAAAGAAGCGGCAGACGUAAUGGCGUCAUCGUGGAGCGCCUCGAAUUGGGCGCGUAUCUUCCGCGCCAGAAGCGGAAGAAGCAGCAGCACCAGCACCAGCAAAUACGUUCAAGCAGCAUAACACGGGGAGAUAAGAGAGACUCACAGGGCUUUCUCGCUGCAUCGGUGCAGGAAAUCCCCCCACCGGUGCGUAUUGACGUGACCGUGGAUGAGACCCCGUUCCCGAACGGCAUGCAGGCGAUUUGCAUCAGUGCCUCCACGCCUGCGCGGCGCAGCGAGCUCCAGUGGCCGGCGUCCCCGACGGACGUGCAGAGUGCGUCGGCUGCAGCAACAUCGCCGCACAGGACUGUCGGUAUGCCGUCCCCCUCUCCCCUCUCUCGCGUAGCAGCUCAUGGUAAGAUGCGGGAGAUGAGGGUGCGGGUUGUGUUAGCGCUGCAGUUCUACGCCAGGCACGGACUUCUCGCGAGCGCACUUGCCGUUCGCAUCAAACAGACCGCCGCGCACUUUGGCCACCUCCCGGUGGUGACCUUCAGUCUGAGCGCGCGCAACAUGACACUGCAGCUGGCGCGGCAGCACAUGACCCGCAUCGCCGCAGCACAGCCACCGUCGCACCACCAGCAGCAGCAGCAGCGACGGCUGCGCCACGGAGCCGCGGCACGCGUUGCGGCCUGGGCUAGCGGCAUGCUCGCCCA